GCUCGUGCUUCCUGCCUUGCUGCUGCAGGAGGGGACGCGCUGACGGCUGGGAGGACGACAGGAGAGACAAGAAAGCUUUUGGGAAGAUUUGCGAGAGAGGGGAAAGGCCCUGAUCCACCGUCCGUCGGGAGAUAAACACCCCAAGUUUGAUUAGCCGCUGUAUCCGUCACCCACCGGCGCUAAAACAAAAUGUCGAGCAGUCGUCAGCUGAGCGAGAGCAGGGCCAUCCCGACUAGGACGGUGUUGAUCAACGACACAACGCAGCUACCUCAUGACUACUGUACCACCCCCGGAGGCACUUUAUUCUCCACUACUCCUGGAGGCACCCGUAUCAUCUAUGACCGAAAGUUUUUACUGGACAGGCGUAACUCCCCCAUCGCUCAGACCCCUCCUGCCCACCUGCCUGUCAUCCCCGGAGUGACCUGCCAAAGCAUCCUGACUGAGAACCACAAGAAUGAAGCCAACAACCACAUCAACAACCAUGAGGGCAAGCCCGCAACUGGUGAUGACGCCCAGUUUGAAAUGGACAUCUAGCAAACUGGAACUUCAUCACGGAAAUGAAAAAAAGCAUAUGACCUGGCACUCUCGUGGUGUCAGAGGCUUGGCUUGUAGAAACCAAUGUUGUGAGCCCUCAUGGCAGCCAUCUUCUUUUUGCUCUCUGUCUCCGCUGCUGGAUGUAACGCGUAGUCACCCAUUGGGGUUACAGUUAAUCAAAGUACAGUGUUUGGUCAACUGUGGAAACUUGUGCAUUUGAAUAGGUUUCCAGGGUUACCAGCCACUGUGCAAACAUAAAGGGUGCGGGCCUGAAAAUUUGUGUCCAGUCUAGAUCUCAUAUACUGCUUUUGUGAUCACUACUUCAGAUCUAUAGAGCACGCAUUCAAAUUGUUGUUUGAUUGGUGGAACAAGUGGUAAUUUUCCAUACUGGCCUUAUAAUCUUGUCAAAAAAGCUUUGGUAUUCAUCAUAGCUUUCUUAUGUUUGUCAUUUUGAGAGUACUACUUGAAUGGGCUUUGUAUGGGAUGCCAUGUUAUGUUUAGUUUUUUCACUAACAAAAUUACACCAUUCCAAUUUUAGUUCUCUAUAGCGAAAUCUAAAAAUUACUUAAAGCCUUAGAACCACUUAUGAAAUAUUUCUCAAUGCUUAUUGCCACAUCUUACAGGCGCACUGUGGAACUUUUCUAUUAGGGGAUCUGCCACCUGCUUGUGUCCAUGAUGGAGAUGUGAUUUAUUUGUGUGUAAUGUUCCACAGUAUGGUCUUAAUGUUAUUUGAAAAGCAGGACACAUCACCAAGUUACAAGUUAGAUCUAUGGCGAGGGGGAGAAGCCAUAUGUUUCAGUGUAUUUUGUAACACUUAGAUUACCUGUAAAUUAAUAAAUGACGUGUGAUGGGACAUUCCAGGCAAAGACAUGUCCAGAGACUAGCAGGUGGCAGACCCUUAGUGCACCUUUAAACCUGUACUUAAGUUUUCAUUAAAACGGCAAGUGGCUAUAACUUUGCAGCCAACACCCAAUUUCAAGUAAUUGCCUUUGUUUAUAUGUUUAUUUUUUGACUGUUUUGAGAUGUGGCUGAAAGCACUUGAAAUAUAUCCAUUAAAAUCUUUGCAAUAAGUUAUUAAUGGAAUACAAAGCAUAAUAUUGUCUACCGAUUGUAUUACCCAACUAUUGUGGUUUUAUUUUAUUCUAAUUUUUAUUUUGAAAAAUCACAUAGGCAAGAAAGCACUACAUUGUAUUUACCCAGAAAGGUAAUACCAAAUUUUUAUCUCUAGAAUUACUGAAAAAAUUGAAGGUAGAAAUUUACGUUGAUUGCUUAAAAAAUUAGUGGCGACAACUACCUGAUCGUCAUCAUUUUCCAAUAUUACUUUUGGGGUUAAAGUACGCGAUUGUUGAAACUUGAAGUACAAGAUGUUUUAUAUGCAUUUUAUUUUUAAUACCGUUAGAAUGGUGAUGUUUUUGUUUUUGGUGCAAGUGCUGAGAAAGGUUUGCGCGAGGCGCCAUGGAACCAGAGAACAUAUUAAUUACUGCAUUGUUUGUCCCAUACAAGUACAAAUAUUUCCCAGUGUCCUUAAAGUACUCACGCGUGUCUGCCCAUGCCUUACUUCACACAAAUGCAGUAAAUAAAGCUAGGUUUGUGCGUCAUCAGAAAUUUGUACUUUCCGAAAGAGGUUUAUUUUUUCACUGUACCGACUGACUGCUAACAUUGUACUUAGCAAGAACGCAAAUGGUUUUGAUUUUUUAGUUUGAUCGAGCAGCUGUUGUGCGUACAUUUAUUUUGGAUGCUACAUCAGAGUUUGCUGUGUGGUUCGCUUCGGGCUUCAAUAGAGUGCCACAUGCUCAUUUGUACCCAAGGAAUUAAACACCACAAUCAUUGUACUGUCUGCUUUUUAUACUCGCAGUCACUUGGCAAACAAAUAAUGUAUUUUCUUUCUUUAUACACAGUGUGCGUCACAGCAUGACUGGAAAGAGAACAGCAAAAGUGAUUUCUUUCUUCAACCUGGCUUUGUUAUGCAUUUGGUUCUGUGAUAUGUGGAGGAUUUGUGUGAGACUGUUUUGCAUUGCACAUUUUUGGAACAAGAAGAUGUUUAUGUUUUUUCAUAUACAGAAUACAGAUUAUUUAAAAUCAGUUUGGUUUGACAAUGAGGGCUUAACAUUGUGUGUCAAAAGAGAUUUGAAACAAAACUUACUGUAACUUUCCAAUCUGGUUUAGAUAACAUUAUUUUGAUUAAACUUCAAUGCCAGUGGACACUGUCGCAGCAAGAUCAAUAAAGUUCCUUAACAAAAUAA